GCCUUAUCGACUGUUAAAUUUGUAUAAAUUUGUAUCUAUCAGUAAAGUUCAUCUCACCCCGAAACUCUAGUGGGCAUCUCCUUUUUUCCCAUUGAUGUUGAGAUUUUACAUAAUUUUCAGUUAUUUGUAUAAAUAAUUCUCUCUAUGUGAGGAAUUGUUACACUAAUCAUGAUGGAUUGGGAAAUUGAAACGACGCACAAGUACAUUAUAUUGCCCCAACAAUUUUGUUUUUCAUCUUUUUUUUUUCGUUUUCUAGUGUGGAAUUAAAAUCACUAUAUUUGUUUAGGAAACAUUUGAUUUGCUUUCAAGAGCUCAAUCAGCCGCUUUAAAAGGAAGUUUAGCUGGCAUCAAUAAAUUCUUGGUCUUCAUAAAUUCUAGGAAUUAUAAUAUACAUAUUGAAUAUGGAUGAAUCCAAUAAGCGAAGAACUGAUUUAUUCUCGUUUUUUUAAACUGCAUAUUAUUUACCUUAACUCAUUUAGUCCUUUUUUUCCAUCUUUGUGUAGCUCAUUUAGCUGUCUUUUAGGAAGUGAUAUUAGCUGUAUGGUUAUGAGAUUCCUUUGGAACUUUGUUCUGCCAGAAUCGUGCUCACCAUUUGAAAGAUAUAUCUGACGAAGGAGUUAACUGAUGGAUAUUUUUGGUUGAAAGAUAGCACUGAUACACUAUCAUCAAAAACACAGUGUAUUUUUGUGCAAAUAUAUGGAGAAAGAAAGGUCCAAUCAAACGGGUAUAGUAAGUAAAAACAUUCUCUCAUCUACCGAGGAUGAAGAACCAAAAACUGAUGGACCAUGUCUUAAUGUAGACAAGGAAGCUGGCUCAGCAACUUGUCGUGUUUGUCAAUGCUUGGAACCGGAUAGAAUGGGGAAUAUUGCCCUGGGAUUCUUGGGUAUUUCUCCACCAGUAUGUGAUCUUACAAAUGGGAAAGAGGAGGUUAAGUCUAAUUUGAAAGUCAUCUCAGGGAAUAUUGAAAAUAAUUCAGUAUUUAAAAGAUCUGAGGUAGUUGAGUUUAUUAGUCCAACUGGGGAGGUUUUUCUCUGUACAGCUGAUGUAGAGCUAGGUCUUGAUGACAGCCAGGACAGGUUAUUCGAGCUUGGCUGUGCUUGCAAAAACGAUCUUGCAUUAGCACAUUAUGCUUGUGCCCUUAAGUGGUUUAUCAGCCAUGGAUCAACUGUUUGUGAAAUAUGUGGAUCUAUUACGAAGAAUAUUAGACCUGAAGAUUACAAAAGGAUAUUAGGUUCUUUAAAAGAGUAUGAAUCGUUGAGAGAAAGAACUGUCAAUGGAGAACCUAAUCCUGCAACACCCCAAACAAAUUAUGGUGUGGAUCCUGAUGCUGUUGCUGCAAUUCGAAGGCAGAGGUUAAGUGAAAUUUCAUUGUGGUUUAAUCCACAUAACAACAACUCAAUCACUGUUUCUCAUGUGGUCAGUGAGCAACCUUCAGCUUCAAAUACUGUCUUGGAAGAGGUUCCCCCUGUCGAAAAUACUGCUACAAAAUGGGCUGUAGAGAGUACUGGGAUCCUGCUCGCUACAGGUCUGCUGACUGUUACUCUUGCUUGGCUUCUCGCCCCGCAUGUGGGAAAGAAAACUGCCAAAAGUGGCCUGCAUAUUCUUCUUGGAGGAGUCUGUGCAUUGACUGUUGUAGUUUUCUUCCGAUUUUUUGUUCUAACAAGAAUCAAGUACGGGCCUGCUCGUUACUGGGCAAUCUUGUUUGUAUUCUGGUUUCUCGUGUUUGGGAUAUGGGCAUCACGAACACAUGGCUCUCAUGCCACAUGAGGCUUUGCUUCACUGGUGAAUAUAUGUUUUUUGUCUAUUUUCAUCUUAUGUAGCUACUGCAAUCUGUUAUUAUGAUUCUUCUAUUGUAAUUUGUUUGCUUCCCCAAAAUCAUUUGAGGAUGCAAUAGUAAUUUACAGUAAAACCAUGUUUUUUAUGAAGAUUUUGUUAAAAA